AUGCAUGCGCAGGUGGACAAGGUCAUUGCUGCUUGCCGUGAGCUCGGGAUCCGGUGCAUUGUUGCUCCUUUUGAAGCAGAUGCUCAGCUGGCAUAUUUGUCUCGCACAAAUCAAAUUCACAGCGCAAUCUCUGAAGACAGCGACCUCUUGGCUUACGGCUGCAAAAGGGUGAUGCUCAAGAUGGACAAACAGGGUAAAUGCGAAGAGCUUCUUCGGACUCUGAAGAGUUUGACACACGAACGAUUUGUGGCCAUGUGCGUGUUGGGAGGCUGCGAUUACACCAACAAGGUGCACAUUAACGGCAAAGAAGAAGUCGUAUCUGGUCACUUGGAGGCGGAGAAGACUUUCAUGACUCACAAAGUCUUCGACCCGCAGACCAGGCGUGUUGUCUUAAUUCGUUCUCACGCUACGCAGGGAGAGGCCGCCAUUGGGUUGGACACGUCCUUCGAGGAAGAAGAUGAAAAGGCUAUCGAAAUGGCCACAGGCAUCAUAGACCCGAGGACUGGAGCGCCAAGAAACACAGCGUUGUCCCCUGCCGAGUGCGCGUUGAUCCGCGACUGUCAGGAAAAAGCUUUUAAUGGACUGGAGGCAAGGCAGCUAAAGGCUCAAAUCGAAGCAAAACAAUAUGCAGCAGCAGCUUCUGCUGCUGCUGCGAAGGAGAUCGCACAAUCAGGAGCUGGGGAAGCAUUUGGGGGCCCCAUACGAGCUCUUAAAAGGGAAACAGAGGAAAAGCAACAGACUAAAGCAGAACCACCUAAACAAACUUGCGUCACUGUUCGCAUUGCGAGGCGUCUUGCUGCUGCUGAUCUUGUUGCUCCUACUACAGCUCCGCCGGCACCACCUCUGCAAAAGGAGGAGCCUAAUGCAGCAGCAGCAAUUUCUGCUGCAGACACUGAAGCUGCAGUGCAUGCACUUGAAGCUUUCGCUGCCUCCUCAACGUUACCAGUCAGCAAUGUCAGCAUCAGAAGCAGCAGCUGCAAUAAACAGCUGAGAGUAGACGAGAGCGUGAAGACAGCAAAGCGCCUAAUGCAGGAUAUGAAGCACCAGGGGUUCCACAUGCCUGCUGCUGCUGCUGUUGCAUGCGUAUUUAGCUCAACAGCAGGAAGCCAGUUGCUUAAACAAUCAGAGACAGACGCUGCACAACUGGGCUGCAGAGACACUGCGGGAGUGGUGCAUUCUGCGACAAAGACAGCCAUCAACACUGUAUCCGGCUGCAGCCUAUCCCAGUUUGCAUUCCAACAAAAACAGAAAAGAGACGGAGAAAUACACACAAAUAUGGUUCCAGUUCUCACUGGGCGCAGAGAACUCAUCACGAAGACCAAGUUCGCACACAGAACCAAACUCGUCUAUGCACACAAACUAAAAGAAAGGCCGUUUCCAACCCUGAACUCAACUGCAACAGCAGCAACAGAGAGAAACCCGACAGCAGAAGGAACUAGUGGGUCGGAAGCAACAAGUGCGUUAGAAGGAUCAGGUGCAGCCAUGGGAGCAGCAGCACGAACAACAGGAGCAGCGGCAGAUGUAGCAGGUGCAGUAGGAUCUGCCUGUUGGGCGCCAGUCAUCCCUACUGCAAUUUGGGCUGAGCGCACAGGAACGAGCCCCCCGUUGAAGCGUCGGUCAUCAGCAGCAUUUUUGAAGGCGGACGACAGGGAUGGUUCUUCUGUGUUUUCUAAUUUUAAAUUUAAUGCCGAGAAAAUAACUGACCACAGACAAAAGAAACGAGCAGCGCGUGCCUUGGGCUGA